GCCAGCAGACACCGUGACCCGAGGAUUUUAUGUUUACCUGGCGCGAUAGUGUUCUUAGUGCCGAUUAAGUCUCACGCCAACUCUACACAGCUUCUCAUGGUGUCAGCCCUGUGAGUACCUCCCCGCAUGCAGAAAUUAAGUCACGUCUGUCAUUGGGCCCUCUGCUUCUACGUCACUCCACGUCAGAAUGUGCUGAAGUCAGUCAGAUCAGCACCGCAUCAAGUUCGUACCCCCAGCAGCCUCAGCAGCUUCAAGAAUGCAGUUCUCUCUCGCUCUCUUCCUAGCGUGGGCGGUGGUGGGCAGCGCGUGGGCGUGGAGCAGCAGCGAGGUGUCGUGUGCCUCCUGCGGGUCGGAGUGCCAGUCGGCGUGCGGCACCCGGAACUUCAGGGCGUGCUGUUUCAACUUCCAGAGGCGCCGCCGCUCCCAGCCCGCGCAGCCCAGGCACCAGGGUAGCAUGGGCGCCGGAGCAGACUGGCGAGCCAUCCGCGGGGCCCUCAUGUUCCCCGCGUCGGCCACUGCUACAGGCAAUACCGGCGGCGGCAUGUCCCCUCGCACCCUGCCCCUCAACCAGCUCCUCGGUGCACUCAACCCCGCAGGACCCGCCCAGCAUCCCGCACCACACCGCAGGGACACCAACGCCCUCGCCUCCGUCCUCUCGUCCCUUCUGCAGGAGUCUAACGAAGAGGAGGUGGACCAGGACGACUUGCUAGAGCUUGAAGGGGAAGGAGGAGGUGAGGGGCUGCCUGACGGAGGGGCUGACGAUGCUACUCUCUCGCGCCUAGUGGCCUUCGCUCUUCACCAGCCGCCUCCUCCAUCGUCUCCCUCACGGUCAGGCCUCCACCAGCGCUAUCCGGCCCACGCCCAAGCACCGCCGGCCUCCCAAAGCGAUGUAGGGAAAUAAGGUUAUGAUUUCGCGUCUUGCUACCUCGGGAACACCAGGAUAAGGGAUUCGAACCUAAGAUAAGAUAACAAGGGAUCUGAACCUGACGUAAGAGGCCAAAUGGAGGUAAUAUUAGGGUUUUCGCGUCUUGCUACCUCGAGAACAGCAAGAUUAGGGAUGCGAGUCUAGUGUAAGAGGAUAACCACCUAACCUUCCUACCUACCUACCUAAUUAAGUCGUCUCCUACCUGGUGUCCUGGUGUUGUUUUGCGUCCUGUCUCUCCGCCGAUAAGAAGGGAAGGGUGAGGCUGAGAAUAAGUUGUAAGAAGUGAAAGAACCUACCCCAUUCACCUUCCUACAUACCUCCCCACUUACCUGCAUACCUCUGAAUAAUCAUACCCGUUAAAAAUGUUAUGUUCUCACGCCUUGCUGUCCCAAAAUCAACGACCACAAACGAAGAAUCAAAGCCUCACGUAAAGGGCAUUAAAACCUACCUACCUACCAAGCUACCUACCCACCCACCGACCUAUCUACCAAGCUAGUUACCUACCUACCUACCGACCUAUCUACCUACCUACCUACCAGACCAAUCGCCAAUUCGUACGCAUCAUCCCAACUAAUACUUACCUCAUGGACAAAAAAAUAUAUGAACUCGAAAACUGAGACGAACUAAAAAUCUAAAUCCAUCAUUAAAAAUUGACACCUUCAUCGGGGCAAAAAAAUGGCUGUGGAAAUUAUUAAAAAAAAAAAUAAGCUGUGAUACAAAAAAGGAAAAUUAUCUCCUGUCAAAAUAAAAUGAAAAAUAUAAAUAAUCUUUCCUUUGACAUUUACCGGUACGUAUAUUUUUUCCUUGAUACAAGAAUUCAUAUAUUUUUUUCCUUGGUAUGGGUGCAAUUUUCUCUUCCUGACACGAGUACUAAUUGGGACAGUGCGUACAAACAGGCCAACGAACCAUAUAAGUACACACCUGCCAGUUAAUGAGUUCCUGUGAGGCUGCAACACCUACCUGACCUUACCUGUGUGUAAUGUACCUCACCUGCGUACUACUUAAUGAGAUACGCCCCCCAACCCCCCACCACCUGCCACCCCCCUCACACUUGCCAACUAUUUUUACACCUGCCUCGUUAGCGGGUUGGUUAAUUACGCUACGACUGAUGAUGAUGAGGAUGUUUUUUUUUUUUUUUUUUUUUUUUUUUUUAGUGGCAAGGUGAUGGUGGUGGUGGUGGUGAGAGGUAAAUAGUGUUAUACUGUUACUGAUAAUGAUGAAAAUGAUGGUGAUGAUGAUGAUGAUGAUGAUUAUACUAAAGAGUGACCUACCCGCCUGAUAUACCUCAACAUUGUACUCCACUCCCUUCCCACCCUCCCUCCCUCCCUCCCUUCCCCCCUCUCCCCCUCACCUCCCCUCCCCCCUCUCAAAAAAGUAUCUCCCUCGUUUAUUUCCUCCCUUCUCUCGUCCUCCUCCUCCUCUUUAUUUACCCCCAAAACAAAAUAUCCCAAAUAAAAACAGUAGUAAAUAUUUCUCCCUAUCUUUUACCUUCCUUCUUUCCUUCCCUUCUUUUCUCCCUUUCUUUCCUCAACAGUGAGUCUUCUUUCUUUCCUUCUUUUCUCCCCUUCUUUCCUUCAUUCAACAACAAAACUUCCUUCUUUUCUUCCACUUUUUUUCCUCAACAGUAACAGUCUUUUUUUCUUUCCUUCUCCUUCUUUCCUUCCUUCAACAACAAAAUUUCCUUCUUUCCUUCCCUUUUUUUUCCCUCAACAGUAACAGUCUUCUUUCUUUCCUUCUUUCCUUUCCUUCUUUCCUUCAACAACAAAACUUUCUUCUCUCCUUUUCAAAUCCUCUCCAGUGAUUUUUUUUUUCCCUCCGUCCCUUUUCCUCUUCUUUUCCUCGCACCCUCAAUGCAUCGCUUUCUCCCUUCCUGCUUUCCUUCUUUCCUCUUCUCCUCUCCUUCCUUCAACAAUAAAAUCUCCUUCUUUCCCUUCCAAUUCCCUCCUUCCUCAAAGUGACAUUUUUUUCCUUCUAUCCCUUUUCCUCUUCCUUCCUUAAUGCACCUCUUUCUCCUUCCCUCCUUUCUUUCUUUCUCUCUUUACUUUUCUCCUUC